UUGUUUAGAUAUUAGUCAGCUACAGCAGCUUCACAUUAGCUGUAACGUUUUAUAAGUAUUAAUCUGUGUAGAAAUAAUCGUAUCCCUGGUUUACGUMUAAAUAAUAUUAGCUUCUACAAUCGUAACGUUUAAACAUCUGCAUAGUCUUGCAUCUACAUCCUGCUAAGAAGAGACCAGUCUGCUUGCAAUGAAAGCGGGCGUCGUCCACUGCCGUUGUUCAAAAUGCUACUCGGUUCCGGCUCGGAAGCGGGUUCGUAAGCGAUUGUCCACCCUAACUCUUCUAUCGCUACCGGAGGAAAUUCUUCUCUAUGUGCUCCAGUGUCUCUCUGCAGAGGACCUCCUGUCUGUCAGAGCGGUUCAUUCACAGCUGCGGGAUAUUGUUGACAGCCACAACAGUGUAUGGGCCAGAGUCGGUUUCAGAGACACCUGGCCMUCUCCUAACGUUUUAUGGCUGUUUGAAAGGGCUGCUGAGAAAGGGAACUUUGAAGCUGCUGUGAAACUUGGGAUUGCCUAUUUGUACAAUGAAGGACGUAAGUACAGCAGUUUUUCCCUCCUACACUUUANACUUCUAACAUCAUCCACCCUUCCCUUCUUUCAAAGUAAAGUCCAAUUUUUCAUUGAUUCUGCCAAGACACUUUAUUUAUUUCCACGUAUUUCUGUUUUAAUCUAUGUCUCAACUUGGCUGACUGCUAUCGAAAAAAAUUCUCCAAUUUCUCCUCUCCAGAAACGUCAGAUUCUGGUAACUCUGGUGGAGAUCCUCUUGCCGCUGCUUUUCUCUGGCAUCCUCAUUGUGCUGCGUCAGAAGGUGCCUUUUCAGGAUUACCCAAAUGCCACCAUCUACGAGAGCUUUCCUGUCAACAUUUUACCCAGCCAUAUCCCACGAGACCUGCAGCUGGGCUACGUGCCCAGUAACUCCAGCGUGGUGCGUCAGGUGGCGGAGGACGUCCGAGCCAGCCUGUCCCUGCACUCAGUGCGUGGCUUUGAGACAGAGGAGCAGUUUGAGAGGCACGUCCGAACCGACCCUCAGUCGCACCAGAUAUUGGCYGCUGUCAUCUUUGAGCACCCCUUCACUCAUGACGACGAGCCGCUACCCCUGCAGGUGAGCUACCACCUGCGCUUCACCUUCACCCCACGCAACGCCCCACCUAGGGAGAAGUCUGAACUGAGCCCAAACAGCGACCUGGACUGGCAUACUCUCAGCCUCUUUCCCCUUUUCCAGCUGCCAGGGCCAAGGGAGCAGCAUGACAAGGACGGUGGGACACCAGGUUAUUACCGUGAGGGCUUUCUGGCAGUCCAGCACGCAGUGGACAAAGCCAUCAUGCGCUCCYACAACAGUACUGGAGCAAACCGUCUGCUGAAACAGACCAGGGUGGUUCUGUCACGCUUUCCUUACCCCAGCUUUAUCUACGAUGUCUUCAUCUUGGCCAUUCAGAACCAGCUGCCUCUUCUCUUAGUGCUCAGCUUCACUUACACGUCCCUCAACAUAGUGCGAGCUGUGGUGCAGGAGAAGNGCCCACUUUCUGUUUCUUUGCUUUUCAGUCAAGAUGUGCCCAAAGACUACAGGCACGUGUCUCUGACUGGAGUCAAGCAGCGCUUUGAAGAUGAGGCCUAUCAGCAGAUCAGCAAGGAGAAGAUUAUGGAUUUUAAAGAGCUCUGCCAGAUCUUGGAGAUCCCUGAAGUUGUGCCUCGGAUGGAGCCGCCUAGUCCAACUAGUGGUCAACCAGCUGACAUCCACACCUUCCUGGCUUCUCCAUCGAACACUAGCAAAAGGAGACGUGAUGAUGGCGCACAGGCCCACAGAAGCGGCCUGGUGGCCACGCCCACAGCAGAGCUGUCCAAUCAGGAGGAGAUGCUGCUGGGAGACAUCCUAGACUGGAGUCUGGACUCUUCCUGCUCCGGUUAUGAGGGGGACCGCGAGGAAGACAGCGAGGCGGAGAAAGAUGGGGAUGUUUCCAUGAUGUAUAUCAAACUGCACCCCCUGGCUGAUGGGGACGAUAAACUGGAGCACUGCCGAGCUCUCUCCAGCGACGACGACAGCUUCUGUGAAGCGGGGAGUGACGGGAGCAAGGACUGCCCAGGCCRAGAACCGUCUGCCUCAUCCGCAGACCUCCACAGCUCAGGAUACUCAUCCGUCCAGAGCGUUAGCCCAUCAUCUACAUGCUCCUCGUCCUCCCUCGUGACCCGCACCUUCAGGACCUUUACCGCAUCACUUGGCGUGCCAUCUGCCAGCGCCCAGCCAGGUUUCCGCCUCUUGGUGCCCAUGCAGAGGCCCCGGGGGACCUCCACCAGACAGGUGAAGAGGAAGAAUGUAGCGGCGCAUAGCGGAGGUGAGGUGGAAAGGGAAGACGAGGAUUUGGAGGAGGAUUUUUCAGCAGGCACAGGCUUCCUGAGCCUGUGAGUCUCCACGACCACAUGCUGUUCACCGACCACUCGCUCAGCACCUGCAGCACUUUUAAAUCGUCGUCAACGUUCAACUGUCCUGCGAGUCUGAGCUGGUCAUUCAACUGCUAGAAGAUCAAAGACGAUAAGCGUUUUAAGACUAAGCGAGGAAAAAGGAACCGCUCGGCUUUYCUUUUCGAUCACAUUUCAGUUAGAUGUUUACAGAAACGGAGAAGUAGCGAUACCUCCCAGGAAACCAUAGUCGGCUCUAAAACCACUGGAAUAUUGGCUCGACUUUCCUCAGGAGCCCGACGUACUGGCUGCCUUUUCUUUGUGCAACAACCUAUCUC